UUUGUCCCGGGUGACGGCCGCUGAGGUUGCGGCGAGGAGCGGGCGGGAGGCAGAGACCCGCGGACCCACGGAGCCGGAGCCGGAGCCCGGGAGGCGGGGCGCGCCGCGCACGGCCCCACGCCCAGGCCCGCGGGCACCGCGCCCGUCCCCGCGCGCUCUCGGCCCGGCCGCCAGGUGAGCAGCCGCGCCACGCCAGCAGUCGCCGGCUCCGCCGACCGGCAGACCGCCCAGCAGUCGCCUCAGCCUCCACCGACGCAUCGCGGACGACCAGCAGGAAUGAGGGGAGACUCUUAUUUCAUUGGGACGAGGAGCCUGGGGCAGCAGGGGCACAUCCCGGAAGAUGGAGGACUCUUCCUGCUCUGCUGCAUAGACAGAGACUGGGCUGUGACUCAGUGUUUCACGGAGGAGGCCUUUCAAGCAAUCACGGACUUCACGGACCUCCCAAACUCACUGUUUGCAUGCAACGUCCACCAGUCGGUGUUUGAAGGGGAUGAGAGCAAGGAAAAAUUUGAGGGUCUGUUCCGGACUUAUGAUGACUGUGUGACGUUCCAGCUAUUUAAGAGUUUCAGACGUGUCCGAAUAAACUUCAGCAAUCCCAAAUCUGCAGCCCGAGCCAGGAUAGAGCUUCAUGAAACCCAGUUCAGAGGGAAAAAAUUAAAACUCUACUUUGCACAGGUCCAGACUCCAGAGACAGACGGAGACAAACUGCAUUUGGCUCCACCACAGCCCGCCAAACAGUUUCUCAUCUCACCCCCUGCCUCUCCUCCUGUCGGCUGGCAGCCCAUCAGUGAUGCCACACCAGUCCUUAACUAUGACCUCCUCUAUGCCGUGGCCAAACUAGGACCAGGAGAGAAGUAUGAGCUCCAUGCAGGGACCGAGUCCACCCCAAGUGUCGUCGUGCACGUGUGUGACAGUGACAUCGAGGAAGAAGAGGAUCCAAAGACGUCCCCAAAGCCAAAAAUCAUCCAGACCCGGCGUCCCGGCCCGCCGCCCUCCGUGUCCAACUGAGCUCACUGCUCCACCUCGAAGAGAAUACCCGUCUCCUCUUUAUCAUGCUUUUCCCCCCCC